GAUGGAGAAUGUUCUUUAUAGAACCAUAUACACAACACGUUCUCCAUUGAUCUGAACUUUCACAAUACAAAAAAAAGCAUUUAAGCAUGAAAUGGUUCUACACAGAACUCAUGAUUCGUAAUAGAAUCAUUGCAUUUACUUAAUAACCCUUGAAGAACCAUCUGUUUUGAAGAGUGUAGGACAUCACGAUUCUCUGCUUGGAUUUGCGGAACUGAAUGUACAAGGACAGUUUCAGGAGGAACCUUUUCGUUGACGGAACUAUGAAAAUAAAGAGAAGCUGCUUGUCUUUUACUGACGGUGUGUGUUUUACUGGCUCUGGGAAUUCUGUGGCUUUAGUGCCACCCGCCCUCUUUCAGGUCCGGGAAACUCAGUAAGGGUCUUACAGGAGUCCGAGCAGCAGAAUGAGCUCUAAAGCCACCUGCCUGAUUGUGGCCAGCGCAGCGCCCCAAGGAGUGUGUGCUCGCUCCUUCCAGCAGUGCUUCUCUCUCUGCAGUGCAGCCUUCAACCUCCAGACAGCCACGCCUGCGGGGAAACCUAUUGACUUCACUGGGGUUGACGAAAGUUCUGCUCGAUGGGUUCAGGACUUCAGCAUAAAGCCCUACGCCAGUCCUGCCAAACUGGAGUCCAUUGAUGGUGCUCGUUACCAGGCUCUGCUGAUUCCAGACUGUCCAGGAGCUUUGAAUGACCUCGCCCACAGCGGCUCACUGGCGCGAAUCCUCACACACUUCAUCUCUCAGAAGAAGCCCGUGUGUGCUGUGGGACAGGGUGUUUCUGCACUCUGUUGUGCCACAGAAGGACAGAAAUGGAUAUUUAGUGGAUACAGCCUGACUGGACCAUCUGUGUUUGAGCUGGUGCGCUCUCCAGAUUUUGCCAACCUCCCUCUAAUUGUGGAAGACUUUGUGAAAGAUAAUGGAGGCUCCUACACAGCCAGCCAAGAAGAUGCAGUACACGUGGUCUUGGAUCGCCACCUAGUGACGGGUCAGAAUGUACAGUCCACUACAGCUGCAGUUAACAACCUGAUCCUGCUGUGCAACGGCAGCAGGUAAAAGCCUUGUCCGUGGAGGUGCAUAGCAGUCUGAUUCUCUGACACCAUGAUAAUUGGGGUCAGACUAAGAAAAGACAAUGUUACUUGUUGGAAAAAGUGUGGACCAAGUAUUUUACUCCAUUUAUUAGGCCAUAACUACAGAAAAUAUGAAUUAAUGUAUAAAAGUAUGAUUCCAGUGAAUGGCCAGUUCUGUUGCCUUAAAAUGAAUGAAAUGAAUCGAGUCAAAGCACUGAAUAAGUUUAAGAGGCAGUGAAAGCAUUUGUCUUAUUCAAGCAACAUGAGUGCAAAGAGAGCACUUCCUGUUCGCUUCUCACAGGAAGUUGUGUGAUAUUCCUGUGAACCAUUGUAAAGAAAGUAAGCAUAUUUCUUUUUGUUUUUCUAUGUUGAUGCAAACAGCGAAACCGACUGGCUGUUGUAUAAAAGCUACCGUCAAAUCUCUUGAAUUUCUGAGAACAUUGUUAGUUUUCUCUCAGCUCUAUUUAUGUAGUGCUGAUGUAAUGAGAUAAAGGCUGCUGGGGCUGCGUUUCCCACAGUUAUGAAAUAAACCUGAGGGGAGCACUAGGAUUGGAGAAUGGGGGUAUGUGUUUGGGGAGUUGUGGUAGUUGAAUAUAUGGACCAUUCUGUCAACCGAUGGUUGGAGGGAAAAAAAAACACAUACAGACCUGAGAUAUUUACAAGCUUUAUGUUAUGAUCUAUUCAAACCCCAGUGGCUGUCCCAAACCCUAAAUUAUACUCAAAUAAUACUGUGAGCAGUUUGAUCCCUUUGGUUUAGUGUUAAAGUGUCCCAAAAUCCGUAAAGUGGUGUGUAACAUUAAGAUUGGUCACUACUGAAACACAUACUUAUUAAAAAUUAAGUAAACUCAUUUGUGUUUUAAUAAUAAUAAUAUGAUUUUAUGUGUGUAUAACUGCUUAAAGCUGUGUUUGCUAGUCAUGUACUGUUCUGCUCAAUAAUAGCUAAAAUUGUCACUACCAGAACAGUCAGCAGUGAACCACUUGGUAAUGCUAUGAGUGUUUUGUUAGUGACUAAAUGGAAUGUUCAGUCUUUUGUUUUAAUAAAAUAAACACAAUGAAGAUACAGACUCACUCAAAGCAAAAGAUUGAGUCUAAAGUCCAAGUAAUUUCAAAGUCUAAUUUGUUUACCACCUUGACUUUGAAUCAGAUUACUAAAAUGAUCCGUAUAUGGAUAUCCAAACUCAUUUGAGGAUUUUUUACUUAAUUAGGUUUUCAUAAAAGUCACAUACAGUAUGGAAUAAAAAUGUGAAAAAAAGCAUGUAAACAUGUACAAUAUAAAAUACAAUGCAAAAACAAACUUGGGUGGCUAUCAGUACAGUUGGGGAGGGGCUAUCGAAGUAUGGCCUAUGUGUGGGAUGAGAGAAUAGAAUGCAGGUAAUGGGACCAAAACUGAUUAUUUCUCUGUUAACUGUCAUUUUUCGAACAAACCUUUUGUUCAUAUGAUAAAGUGUUUGAUGUUCUGUAUUUGAUUUGACAAAAAAACAUGUCAUUCAUUACUCCAUUUGCAGUGCAGUACGUAUAAAACACCAUUAUUAAAAAUUCAGAUAAAUCUUCUUCAUAUAAA